AGUCGGCCCAUAAAAUGCAGUUUUGAAGCUAGGGCCGUCAGAACUGAUAAAUUCAACCAAAAAAACCUUUCCGUUGUUCGCCAACGGCCGCCAUUACAGACGGACAGACACCCUUCUCCCGGCCGAGCUGACAUAUUCGUCCCGAAAAUUCGUCGGCUAUGUUGAGCUGCCGGAGGACACUGCUGUCUCAAGUCAUAAAGAAAAAGAGGCAGGCAAAGACCAAAACCAGAAGAAAGAAAACCCUCCCCUCCAAAACAGCCGCCAUUUCCAAGCAGCAAGAAGUAGAAAUCCAAGAUGAAGAAGGAGAAGAAGGGUUUAACCUCAAGGUUUCAGCUCCCUCACACGCCCACGGCGUCCAGCCGCUCGGGAAUUUGUACCUGAACCCAGGCUCUGUCAACUCGAGGAACACCGGCUUAGGCAAUCUCCAAAUUUUGUCCGAUGAGCUGGUUCUCGACAUUCUAGGGCUGCUUGGUCCAUCCCAGCUGGGAUUUUUAGCCGCUGCGAGUAAAUCUCUCUAUAUUUUCGCCAAUCACGAGCCUCUAUGGAGGAAUCUCGUUUUGGAGGAACUGCAAGGUGGGUUUUUAUUCAAUGGGUCGUGGAAAUCUACUUACAUUGCUGCUCGUUACUCAUCUCUGUCAACUUAUCCUGAUGGUGCGAAAAUGAGGGUUAGGGAUUUUUACUCGGAUUAUCUCUUCCAGAGCUGGUUAUGUGCUAAUCUGGAAAUGAAACCUGAGUGGCUUCAGAGGGAUAACAUAGUUAGAAAGAAGGGAAUUUCGGUGGAGGAAUUCGUGUUGAGCUUUGAGGAACCGAAUAAACCGGUGUUGUUGGAAGGAUGCAUAGAUAAUUGGUCUGCUUUGAAGAAAUGGGAUAGGGAUUAUUUGAUUAAGGAAUGUGGAGAUAUGAGGUUUUCAGUUGGUCCAGUGAAGAUGAAGCUUGAAGAAUAUUUCAAGUACUCAGAUCAAGUGAAGGAAGAGAGACCAUUGUAUCUCUUCGACCCUAAAUUUGCUGAAAAGGUUCCUGUUUUGGCUUCAGAUUAUGAAGUCCCAGCUUACUUCCAAGAGGAUUUGUUUAGUGUUUUAGGCAAUGAGAGGCCGGAUUAUCGAUGGGUAAUAAUGGGUCCAGCAGGGUCUGGUUCUUCAUUCCAUAUUGAUCCUAAUUCGACAUCAGCUUGGAAUGCAGUGAUCAAGGGUUCCAAGAAAUGGAUUUUGUUCCCCCCAGAUGUGGUACCGCCUGGUGUACAUCCAAGCCCAGAUGGGGCUGAAGUGGCAUGUCCGGUUUCUAUUAUCGAAUGGUUCAUGAACUUUUAUGGUGCUACCAAGAAAUGGCAGAAGAGACCUGUCGAGUGCAUCUGUAGAGCCGGGGAAGUGAUCUUCGUACCAAAUGGAUGGUGGCAUCUAGUUAUCAACCUGGAAGAAUCCAUUGCCAUUACACAGAACUUUGUCAGCAGGCGGAAUUUGUUGAAUGUUUUAGAUUUUCUCAAGAGACCUAAUGCAAGCGAACUUGUGUCCGGAACAAAAGACAGGGUGAACCUUCACGACAAGCUUAAGAAUGCCAUCGAGGCAAAUUUCCCAGGAACUAUUGACGAUUUGGUGGAGAAGGCAGAGGAAAAGAAGGCCCAACUGAAGAAAGUUUCGUUCUGGGACUCAGUCUCGGAUGCUCAAGUUGGUGCCUUCAAGUUCAACUUCUGAGAGAUUUUCGGUUGCAUUUUCAGUCAUGCAAAGAAAUGAUGCGGCAAUUUUGACAUGAGUUUUGAACGGCAGAGGCAGAAGCCUGUACUGAAUUGUAGUUGUUUCUUAUUUAUUGAUGAACUAUUGCUGAAUGUAUGUGGUCUUCCAUGGCACUCUUCCGAAUGCGUCAUGUCUGUCUCUCUUCUGAAUUGCAGAACAAUUGCUUCAAUGAGGCGAUAGAGCUCUUUCGCCUUCUUCAAUCUCAACGAAUGCAAGCUAAUGAAACAAUAAUGGUCAGCGUGAUUGCUUCCUGUGCUCAUAUGGUCGCUUUACAGACCGUGAGCAGGCUCACGAGCAUGUUGUCAGUAACAAUAUCUGACCUUAACGUGAUCCUCACAACUGCUCUAGUUGAAAUGUAUGGACGCAAUUGAUAAAAGCCCUCCAAGUGUUCAACCCAAUUCCGGAGCAGGAAGC